AGGACCGGACCGGACCGGACCAGUUCAGUCUCAGUACAGUCCAAAUCACUGCCUUAUUAUUUAAAUAAAUAGUUACGGAACUUGUUUGUGUUUUAUUUUUCCAAGACAAAGACGCCCUCAUGUCCAUGAAUGUACUGGGGGUGGACACACUGUAAUCCUCUCCUAAACUAAUAUAAAUACUCCCUCUUUCGUCCAUUCCUAGCUGUAGAUACAAGUGUACAUCUUAUUUCUUUGACUUUGACUGCAAUGAAAGCAAGCAAAGGAACACAAUAGUAGUAGUCGUCGAAGAAGAACAGCAGACAAAGCAAAUUGGGUGGCUUUGCCUUUUUGUUUGCAGCUUUCGGCGCUCUUUCUCCUCUACUUCUCUUGCAGAUUUAGCUCUGGCUAUUUCCCUUUACCUAGCCUUUUUUAUAUAAUUUUAAUAUUAAUACACCCCAUUUGUUUAUUUCUGUAUUUGUUUGCAUAAACUUUACUCCUGUAGCUUAUAAUAACAUAUCUUCUUUCAACAAGAACUAAGCAAAUCAACCAAAUCUAUAGCUACCAACUUCUCUUUACUUCCAAGGCUGUAGCACUGUGAUCAGGUCAAAUUGACCGCAUUAUGAGUAAUCUUUAUAGAAGGGUGUCGACAGCUGCUUGAACCCUGGUGAAGCCUGAUAAAUGCACCUUCUAUGCUGUCUAUUAUAACACAAAAUAUGGGCUCACUCUGCAGUAAACAGCGGCGAUGUAAUGAAGCAGAUGCUGAAGAGAAUGCACAAGCUGCAGAAAUCGAAAGGCGAAUUGAACAAGAAACCAAAGCUGAAAAGCAUAUUCAAAAACUUCUGCUUCUUGGUGCUGGAGACUCUGGGAAGUCAACGAUUUUCAAGCAGAUAAAACUUUUGUUUCAAAGUGGUUUUGACGAGGCAGAGCUCAAGAGCUAUAUUCCAGUCAUCCAUGCCAACGUCUACCAGACAAUAAAAAUUUUGCAUGAUGGAUCAAAAGAAUUGGCUCAAAAUGAAACAGAUUCCUUGAAGUAUGUUAUAUCCAAUGAAAACAAGGAUAUUGGGAAGAAAUUGUCGGAAAUUGGAGGCAGGUUGGAUCAUCCGCGUCUCACCAAAGAACUAGCCCAGGAGAUUGAAACUCUAUGGAGAGAUGCUGCAGUUCAGGAAACAUAUGCCUGUGGUCAUAAGCUCCAAGUUCCAGAUUGUACCCCUUAUUUCAUGGAUAAUUUGCAAAGAUUAUCUGACUCAAACUAUAUUCCAACUAAGGAGGAUGUUCUUUAUGCAAGAGUCCGUACAACAGGUGUUGUAGAGAUCCAAUUCAGUCCUGUUGGAGAAAACAAGAAAAGUGGGGAAGUAUAUAGACUUUUUGAUGUUGGUGGGCAGAGAAAUGAGAGGCGGAAAUGGAUUCAUCUAUUUGAAGGUGUUACAGCAGUAAUUUUUUGCGCUGCAAUUAGCGAGUAUGAUCAAACACUGUUCGAGGAUGAAAACAAGAAUCGAAUGAUUGAGACAAAGGAGCUGUUUGAGUGGGUCCUGAAGCAACCAUGCUUUGAGAAAACAUCCUUCAUGCUGUUUCUAAACAAGUUUGAUAUAUUUGAAAAGAAAGUUCUAAAAGCACCAUUGAAUGCAUGCGAGUGGUUCAAGGACUACCAGCCAAUUUCGACAGGAAAACAAGAGAUUGAGCAUGCAUAUGAGUUUGUAAAGAAGAAGUUCGAGGAGCUGUAUUUCCAAAGCACAACCCCUGAUCGUGUUGACCGAGUUUUUAAAAUAUAUAGAACCACUGCACUUGAUCAGAAGCUUGUCAAGAAAACCUUCAAGCUUGUAGACGAGACUUUAAGACGCAGGAAUCUCUUUGAAGCUGGUUUAUUGUGACAAGAAGAAGCAUAUGCUUUAAAAAGAAUGUUCAUAGUUUGAAGAACUUGAUCAGGUUAUGAAUAUUAGAGUUGGAAGAAACACCUCAUCCGUUUAUUGCUGGAAUCAUACUCUCACAGGCUAAAAGUUUUGGCACCAUUUCUUUUCUAGGUACGGUCGAAGAAAGAAGAUUUUUCCCCCCAUGAUUGUAUUGUCUGCUUAAUUUUCUGUAGAGAAACCUAUCCAGAGGAUAUGUUCCCUUGCAUGUUCUGUUUUGUUUCAGAGGGGAUUAAAUUGAACAUAUGAAGUAACCUUAUAUUCUUUCUAUCCCAAUACAAGCCAUUGCAUAUUUACUCU